AUGAAGUCGAUGUGGACGUUGCCGAAUGUUGCUAGAAAGCUUCGAGGAAUCCUCGACCAACUUCGUCGACAUCAACGUAUAGUCGUGUUAUGUAUCUUUUUUCGUGCUCCUGAUUGCAUUGGUGUGUCACUUUCAGACUUCAUGAGGCGCAUUCUGUACAGGAAUUUUUUAACGCUUACUCGACGCUGCCGUUUCAAGUCUGGUCAUGAGAACAGAUGGGCACGUUGGCGAUACGCUUCUGCUGCUCUCGCAGGAGCCGGAGUGUUCGCAGUUCACCAAGGUUUCUCACCAAAUCACAGCCUUGAUAUUCUGUCAAGAGACGACAAUUCUCGUUACCAAGUUCACACGGAUCACAAAUUAACGAGGCGUGAACUACGAUUUCUACAGUUCGCUUCUAUUGAAUAUGAUGACGUCAUCUACAUGAGUCCUAUGGACUUUAUCGAUUCUCUUACGUUGGAUGCACCACGAGAGCGCGUGUAUAGAAGAGUGCUGAAGGAAAAGGAUUUAAAGCAGAUGCUCAAGAAUACUCCACCUUUCCGCUCUGGAAGCAACGAGUUGUUUCGCUCACUCGAUCAAAAUGGCAUAAUUUCCUACUCGGAAUACAUUUUCCUGCUCACGCUAAUAACAAAAUCAAAAUCUUCCUUCAAAAUAGCCUUCUUAAUGUUUGACAAAGACGACAAUGGGAGAAUUGACAAGGACGAAUUUUUAAUGAUUCGUGGUCUGAUGACUUCCCUGCGUUCCACUCGCGGUACCCAAACGAAGCAGUCAGAUGAUUCAUGCCAGUUGGACAUGGGCGAUUUUCAUUUCUCGAUAUUACGCCCUCUUCGACUUAGCACAGGAUCUGAUUCGUACACCCUUCUUUUUAGUAUCUCUAAAAUGUUUGCUGCGCGCACUGCUCAGCUGUACGGAACUUGUCUCGUUCCCAAAAGCGAAGAAGAGGUGAAGAAGCAGGACACCACUUUGUUGUUGCAUCUUUUCGGUCACAGUGGAAGUGGCAAAUUGUCAUUCAACGAGUUCAGAAAAUUUUACCAGAACCUGCAAGAGGAAAUUAUGGAAAUUGAGUUCCAUGAGUUCGCACGUGGCAAAUCGACCAUCUCUCCAAUGGAUUUUGCUCGCCUUAUCCUAAGGUAUACUAUUGUUCACAAGGACGACUAUCACAAAUACAUUCAUCGCGUAAAAGAACGCACAAGUCCUGAUGACAAGGGUGUCACUCUCAGUCAGUGGGCUAGCUUCUCACUCUUCUUGAACGAUCUCGAAGAGUUCAGCACGGCAGUUCGACUGUACGCGAAUGCGAACAUGCCAGUUUCACCUCCGGAAUUUGCAAGGGCUGUUCAAACCACCAUCGGUGAACCUUUGGAUCCAUACGUUGUAGAUCUCAUAUACCGAAUCUUCGACGCUAAUAAUGACCAAACACUGAGUUAUCCCGAGUUUUUGGCUGUCAUGAAUGAUCGUCUUCACAGAGGACUGAAGGGCCGAUUGGAUAAGCCGUGGGGAUGGAGACCGUUCAAGAGUUGCGUCGUGAAUGAGCUCGCUCACAGUUAG